GAUGGAAUAUAAUUGGUCUGACACUUUAUUAUCAGCUUUAAGAAGAAGACUGGGGAUCGAUCGAGUGAUAGAGAGUGAAACAAACAAAAGAAGAAGAAGAAGAAGAAGAGAAGAUGCCGUGCCUUAACAUCUCCACCAACGUCAGCCUCGACGGCGUCGAUACCUCUUCCAUCCUCUCCGAAGCUACCUCUUCCGUCGCCAAAAUCAUCGGCAAGCCUGAGAACUAUGUGAUGAUUGUGUUGAAAGGAUCAGUGCCUAUGGCAUUUGGUGGCACCGAGGACCCUGCCGCUUAUGGUGAACUUGUCUCCAUCGGUGGCCUUAACCCCGAUGUCAACAAGCAGCUCAGCGCUGCGGUCUCCGCCAUCCUUGAGACUAAGCUCUCUGUUCCCAAGUCUCGCUUCUUCCUCAAGUUUUACGACACCAAGGCCCAUCAAAGUCAAGAAUAUGCACAGUGUUUACAUGCUUUACACCAGCACUACUAGGUCAUGAUUGAAUAGAGAACAAAAACAUCUUCUUGUGGAUCCUUCUUUGGUUGGAACGGAUCGACUUUCUAGGUUUCGUCGCAGGAAAUAAGUUAAUGUGAUCGCCAAUGUAUGAACGUGUGUGAUUUUAUUAGUAUUCAACCUUCUCUCAUCGCCAACUAGCUUUGAACUAUCUUUCGGUUGUAAACUUAUCGUAACGUUUGUUGGAGUUGCAUUAAGAGAGAAGAACAUUCAAUGUUU